AGCAGAAUCAAGCAAAAUAACAAGCAAAGCGUCACACAAAAGGGAUUUCCAUUGCAUAAUUUGUUUAUAUUUUUUUAAAAAUUCACUCUAAAUAUUGUCCCAUAAACAAACUCCUACCCAUUUCUAUUGUUAUUUCUCAAUUGCCGGCAAUUGUUUAUUAAUAAAUUAAAAAAACAUCCCACGCGGUAAAGCUUGCAGCAAAACCAAAAUCAAACUUGAAUAUGCAAUUUUCUUUGUUGAUGUGUGAAUCGUCGUCGUCAGUUUUAUAAAUUUGGAGCAAAUCGCGAGUAUUUUUUUUUUUCGUGUUAAAUUUAAACAAGCUUUAAAUGAAAACAUAUGAAAUGCAUAAUCCUGUGAUCAAAUUGAAUCUCCAAAUACACACGCUCCCCGAAGAAAUGUAAGAAAAUCCCUCUAAAGGUUUUAUUUUUUGGUGCCGAAUUUUGUGUAAGUGGCGGGAGUGCAAAUUAAAAAAAAAAAGCUUUGAAGUCAUCAGAAUUUUACAAAAUCCUCUUCGAUUGAAAAAGUAACCUGUAAUGGCUGGAUACAGGUGUGUAAGUUACUUCGACUUGUGCCGGCUGUGCACCUCAAGCGCCGAUUCCAAAAUAAGCAUUUUCUCAAUCGAGGGAAAACGCAAAAAUUUAAGCAAAAAGAUUUCCGAGUGCACCACAAUAGAUGUGGAUGAAAAGGAUCGCCUGCCGAAAGUCGUUUGUACCCCGUGUUUGCAUAAACUUGAAACGCUUUCAGAUUUUCGAAUAACAUGUAUAAAUUCUCAAACUAUGUUAAAUAAUUGCCUUGCAUCGGCAACAAUAAAUAAUGGUGGAAAAGUUUAUAUCAAAGAUUCACUAAAAGCUGGACAACAAGUUGCAACUAAGACACCAAAAGAAAUUCCCUUAGAACAAUUUACACAGGGUGGAACCGAUUUUUUAAGUUCUAUUAUACAGGCCGUUGGAAUACAGCAAAAUGAUCAAAAUGAUGAUAAUAAAACACAAAUACUCCAUCAGUAUACAUUGACAUUAGAUAAGGGAAGUAUGAAGACUGAUCAGAUUGAGUACAAACUUGAAGAAUGCCCAAUCAUAACCCCACCACAACCGCAGCAGCAACAGCAACAGCCACAACUGCAGCUGCAGCAACAACAACAAACUCACACCGAGAAACAGUCGAAGCAUAAUGCAUUAGAAGAGUUUCUCAAAAUGAAGCCAAACAUACGCGUUACACCUAUCAGAAAAAAAGACAACCAGCAACAACAACAACAGCAACAACAGCAGCAACUGCAACAACAACAGCAACAGCAGCAGCAACAACAACAACAGCAGCAGCAGCAACAACAGCAGCAGCAACAACAACAGCAACUACAACAACAGGCUCAACAACAAGCUCAGCAACAGGCUCAACAGCAAGCUCAACAACAACAACAACAGCUGCAACAACAACAACAAAUACAACUUCAGCAAUUACAACUCCAGCAGCAGCAACAACAGCAGGUUAACGCUCAGUUCAUUGCCCAACUACAGCAACAACAACUUCAACAGCAAAUCACUAUCAAUCAGGAUGGAAACUCGAAAAAUAAAAAACAAAAGCUUAACUUUGUGAUUUCGUCGCCCACUGGACAAAUUCAGCAGCAUCCUCAAAUUCAGCUGCAGCCUCAACAAAAAGCUAUAACCUUACCCACGCUAACACCAAUAAAUCAACAUGGCCAAAUUCAAGAAAUUUUGUCGCCGAACAAGUGUUACCUGCCUAUCACUAUAAAAGAUGAGAAUUCCGAUCAACAGAUAGUAGCUCAUAUCGAUACAAAGAACUUUGUAUUACCCACCACGUAUCAGCUGCAAAUGAAGUUACAGCCUCAAAUUGCAACGGUGGAUGGGCAACCGAUAAUGCAAUUAACUCCAACCUCCAUUCCAGCAACGCUACAGCUUGCACCACAGGCCCUCGCAAAUACCGCCUUUCAAAGCACACAAAAUCAGUUGACCACUAAUCAGAUCAUAUCAGCUGCAAGUGGAAUUGAUGCAGCCACAUCAACUAACGACCAAGAAGAUUUUAUUCAACAUCCGAAGUUUAGGAUAACCACAGUUCGAGGUGGUAACUCUAUUUCUUUGGCACCCACGAAUCAACCUCAGCAACAACAACAACAGCAGCAAACUAUAGUAACCCAAAAACCAGUGCUGCAACAGCAGCAGACUCAACAGCUGGGUGGUAUAACGGUUCAACGUAUUAAUCAACCGAAUGUUAUGAAAAAGCAGUCCCCACCGGUAACCAAUCGUCUGCCCGUACUCAACAAGUCGAACGUAACUAUCAGCAGAAUAUCACAGCAGCAGCCGCAACAAACGCGUUCUCAGCAGCAGCAACAACAACAGCAACAACAACAGCAGCAACAGCAACUCCAGCAACAACAACAGCAGCAGCAGCAACAGCAGCAACAACAACAGCAGCAGCAGCAACAACAACAGCAGCAGCAACAACAACAGCAGCAGCAACAACAACUACAGCAACAACAGCAACUACAGCAGCAACAACAACAACAACUCCAGCAACAACAACAGCAGCAGCAGCUUCAACAACCGAAAGUAGAGGUUCAACAAACCAUUACUCAAGUUGUGACAAUCCCAGCCAAAAAGAACGCAGUCAAAGUAGAGAACAGCAGCAGUACGAUAUCAGAAAGCGGAAGCAGUCAAGUCAGUACUCCUGUGACUGCUAAUAAAUUAGAAUGUUCGGUUUGCGGAAGACAGUUCAAGAAAAAAGAACACUUAGCGCAGCAUGUAAAACUCCACGCUGGCAUACGACCUUUCAAAUGUUCCGAGGAUGGAUGCAAUAAGGCUUUUAGCCGAAAAGAACAUCUUAUGCGACACAUUGUCUCUCAUACCGGCAUGAAGAUGUUUAGCUGUGAUCAGUGCCAGAAACUGUUCUCACGCAAAGACAAUCUCAAUAAACACAAAAGAACGCAUUCGGAGCAAGCAAAUUCAUCUAAUUUCGUCUGUGAAAUAUGUAAUAAGAGCUUCGCCGUCAAAAUGUAUUACAUUCAGCAUAAGUUGAUGCAUGAAAAGAAUAUAAGCGAAGCAGCUGGGACUGCUUUAAAGGAUGAUUCGGAAGAAAUAAGUGAUGACAACGUGUCUGAAACCACCCAACAACAGCAGCAAGACCAACAACAACAACAGCAGCAGCAACAACAACAGCAGCAGCAACAACAACAACAACAGCAGCAGCAACAACAACAACAACAGCAGCAGCAGCAACAACAGCACCAACAACAACAAUUAGUACAGCAACAUCAAAUAAUUCAACAUCCUCAUCAGCAAAUAAUGCAAUUACAUCUACCGGUAGUAUCAUCUCAUGACCUAAAUGGUCAAACUAUUACAAUAACUCAGGCCAACGAUCCCAAUCAAACGGCCACUCUUAAAGCGUUAGGAAGUCACGAUGCAACCGUCCUUAAUUUACCAACAAGUCUGGCGAAUUUUGUCUCAAUCGGUUCGGGUCAGUUUGUCCAAGCGAGCAUAGGAGACAUAAUGGGACACAUCAAAAUUGAAAAGUAAACUAAAAAUUUACUUUACUUUUUUUUUUAUACAACAUACAUAAGUGUAGAGCGUAUCUUGCCAAGUAUAUCUGUUUUAUUUUUGUGCAUAUAUAGGUUAAUAUAUUUAAUAAUAAGCUUUGGUUAUUAACCACUUUUAGUUCAAAGUAAAAAAAAAAAAACAGAUUGUUUUUUUAAUUUUUAAACAUUUUUAUCGAUAUUAGUAAAUUAAAUUAAAAUACACACAAUUUUCAAGAGACAUAUUUUUAACAUUAUACAUAUAUUUUAUGGUGGGCUUGGCGUAAGUUGUUCUUAAAGUUUAAACAUUCUUUCCACAGAUACGGAAUACAAUUCCGAUUUCUCAGGAAUAAUUAUUUUCAUUCUUUAUCAAAGUUUUAUAAAACUCUUAAAAAGUGUAUAAAAAAGAUCUUAUUUACUUUAAAGUAACCUCCAACCUCCAGUAGCAGGGAUAAUCUAAUUGAACUUACGUUGAGCCUGCCCUUUGUGUACAGUUUAUUUACACAUAAUCGGAACAAAUUUCAAAAAUAGCUAAGUGUAAUUCAAAACAUCAUUUCCAUCAUCCUUAAUUUUGUAUAUAAUACAUAAUAUAAAAAUUAACCAUAGACAUAAGACCAAGACGAAAAACAAAACAUUAGAUCUCUAUGUAUGUAUCUAUAGCACUAAACGUAUUUUUUCAUUGAAUUCGCAUGAAACUAGUCUUUCCAUUACGUUGUUUUUUUUUUUUUUAAGUUGUUGUUUUGGACUCCAUUUUAGUACAUUCUUUUUAGUUUAUUUAAAAAUUGGGAAAAAUCCUCGAAAUUGAUCAAAUUUAAAAAAAGAAAAUAAGCUCAUUUUAAUAUUUUAUUUUUAUUUUAUUAAUAUAACAUUACAUACAUACAUUUAUUCAUUUAUUCAUAGAAUUUGAAUUCAGACUUAAAAUAAAAUCAUUUGUAAUUUUAUAAUACACAUAGUUUUUCUUUUUCAAGUUUUAUUUCGGUCUCAAUUAAAUUAUAAAUUUAGUUUUAAAUAAAUUACUAUCUGUAUAAACUACCUUUUAAGAUAUCAUAAUAAUAUAUAUUUCUGAAUCGAAUGAAAGGCGUAAUAUUUAAGUAAGUUCUAAGUCUAUUUUUUGUAAUAAACUGUCAUUAAUGUGUAAAAAAAAAAAAAAUAUAAACAUUGUAAUAAAAUGAACGUUGCUCCAGUGCGAAUUUAUUUUAUUUG